CAAGGAUCUGUACAAGGAGGCCAUGAUGGAGGAGCACCAGCCUCUUAUAUCACAAGAAAAUCCCAGUAAGAAAUGUGAAAAUGUCAUGUUACCACUAGAUGAAGAUAUCCUGCAGCGCUCUUCAGGAGAAAACCUCAUUACCCUUAAUGUACAUCCAGGACUUCACAGUACAGAUCUAUCAUAUAAUCCUCCUAAUUAUGAGGAACCUUCUCCUGACCAAUCACAGAUUGUUACCGCAAGUACAAGUCAGGAAAGGGUUAAAAGGUUUUAUUGUGGUAAAGAAUCCACAGACAGCUCAGGACUUUCUACACGCCGAAGACGUCGCAGAGGAGAGAAAAUGUAUUCAUGUUCAGAAUGUGGGACAUGUUUUUCACAGAGAUCAGAUCUUGUUAACCAUGAGAGAAUUCACACAGGAGAGAAGCCAUAUUCAUGUUCAGAAUGUGGGAAAUGUUUUACACAGAAAUCAAAUCUUGUUAACCAUGAGAGAAUUCACACUGGGGAAAAGCCAUAUUCAUGUUCAGAAUGUGGAAAAUGUUUUACACAGAAAUCAAAUCUUCUUUACCAUGAGAGAAUUCAUACAGGAGAGAAAGCAUAUACAUGUUCAGAAUGUGGGAAAUGUUUUACAGGGAGAUCAAAUCUUGUUUCCCAUGAGAGAAUUCAUACAGGAGAGAAAGCAUAUACUUGUUCAAAAUGUGGGAAAUGUUUUGCACAGACAUCACAUCUUGUUACACAUGAGAGAAGUCACACUGGGGAAAAGCCGUAUUCAUGUUCAGAAUGUGGGAAAUGUUUUACACAGAAAUCAUGCCUUGUUAUACAUGAGAGAUGUCACACAGGAGAGAAACCAUAUUCAUGUUCAGAAUGUGGGAAAUGUUUUACACAGAAAUCAUGCCUUGUUAUACAUGAGAGAAUUCACACAGGGGAAAAGACAUAUUCAUGUUCAGAAUGUGGGAAAUGUUUUUCAGAUAAAUCAAGACUUUCUACACACCGAAGACGUCACACAGGAGAGAAAAUGUAUUCAUGUUCAGAAUGUGGGAAAUGUUUUACACAGAAAUCACUUCUUGUUAGACAUGAGAGCAGUCACACAGGACAUAAAGAAUAUACAUGUUCAGAAUGUGGGAAAUGUUUUAGACAAAAAUCAAAUCUUGUUUACCAUAAGAGACUUCAUACAGGAGAGAAGCCAUAUUCAUGUUCAGAAUGUGGGAAAUGUUUUACAGGGAAAUCAAAUCUGGUUUACCAUGAGAGAAGUCAUACAGGAGAGAAACCAUAUACUUGUUCACAUUGUGGGAAAUGUUUUACACACACAUCAAAUCUUGUUAUACAUGAGAGAAGUCACACUGGGGAAAAGCCGUAUUCAUGUUCAGAAUGUGGGAAAUGUUUUACAGAGAAAUCACAUCUUGUUAGACAUGAGAGACGUCACACAGGAGAGAAGCCAUAUUCAUGUUCAGAAUGUGGGAAAUGUUUUACAGUGAAAUCAAAUCUUGUUGCACAUGAGAGAAUUCACACAGGAGAGAAGCCAUAUUCAUGUUCAGAAUGUGGGAAACGUUUUUCAGAUAAAUCGGGUCUUCUAAAACAUAAGAGGAAUCACACAUGAGAGAAGCUGCAUUCAGAAUGAGAAAAAUGUUUUUGUUUCUAAAGCCAUAAUUAGGGGUCAUUAGUGAAGUCACACAAGGAAGAAGCCAUAAUACGGUUGUGUUAUCUCAACUGAAGCGUUUUUGCAGAUCCAUGACUGAUCCGCACAAAACUCGAGUGUGAAAAUGGCUUAAAACUGACCUGUUACUUUCGUUCUCCAGGUCAGUACAAUUAUGGCGAUACCACAUAUGUAUAGUUUUUCUUG